GCUGUAAAGAAAGGUCUUCUGGAGAGAAGGAAGGUGCUACAAUCUCUUAAAACCCAGUGUGGCCGAGAUCUCUGAGGGGAAACAAACAAAGGCCAAGAAUCCCCACACCAAGCCGGAUUUCACUUGUGACAGCGCCGAAUGAAAGGGAGCGAAACGCGGAGAGAGACCUGGAGAGAUCAGCGCCGGGGAGGAGACUAGUCUGGACCGCGGAGAGAGGAGAGCGAGUCGCCCGGUUGUGUCGGUUGUGCGUCUUUGCGCGGUGGAGACCCAGGACCGAACCGGACUGUGCUGUGGUUCUCCCCCCGGCGUACAACAACAACAACAAAAAAAGGCGGGGAGGGGGGGAAUAACUUGCUUUUUGUGAGUCUCUGGAGAAGACCUGAGACAUUUGAACAAGAAAUUGGAAGGCAGCCUGUCGGAUCGGACGCUCCGCUCCUCCACGCAUGUUGGAGGUGGAGAGAGGAGGGCUGAAUGCCUGCGGCUCUGCGAGUCCUCAAGACGCAGCCAAGGAUUACCUCCUGCCCGGGCAUCGUUUGACGGAGUAAGAACGCAAGAAGAAAACACAGGGAGUGGGUCAUUUCUUCUUCUUCCCGCAUCUUUGGCUCUUUUGUUGGGGUUGGGGUGAGGAUAUGGCCCGGCGGUCGCUGGAGAGAGAGCCCGCACAGGCGAGAGGAAACAGGAGCUGAAGGACAGGAUGCCAGCGACCUGAACUAUUCUAACUUCGUUUUUAAAAGAAAGAGAGACGAUCCUUCUUUAUUUGUGUCGAUUCAAGAGAAAGAAUACUGCAAGAAGAACCUUCUGGAGGAGUUUCAUUAUUAUCUUUUUUUUGUAUGCGUAAUUUUAUUUUUUGGGUGAGGAAACAAGGAUGCAUUGUGGAUUAGUCUUGAUCCUGUUCAUGGGAAUCCUUUUGGUGGUCAAGGCUUUCAAAAACGAUAAAUGUGGAGGCAACAUCAGAAUCUCAACCGCCAACUACCUCACCUCGCCCGGAUACCCCCUGUCCUACCCCUCUUCUCAGAGAUGCGUGUGGGUGAUAUCUGCGCCUGGUCCUCACCAGCGGAUCCUCAUCAACUUCAAUCCGCAUUUCGAUCUGGAGGACCGGGAGUGCAAGUACGAUUAUGUGGAGGUGCGAGACGGUGUGGACGAGAGCGGUCAGCUCGUGGGGAAGUACUGCGGGAAGAUCGCUCCCUCUCCGGUCUUCUCCUCCGGAAACCAGCUUUUCAUCAAGUUCGUGUCUGACUACGAGACGCACGGGGCAGGUUUCUCCAUCCGCUAUGAGAUCUUCAAGACAGGUCCAGAAUGCUCCAGGAACUUCACCUCCAACAGCGGUGUCAUAAAGUCGCCCGGUUUCCCAGAGAAGUACCCCAACAACCUGGACUGCACUUUCAUGAUCUUCGCCCCCAAGAUGUCCGAGAUCAUCCUGGAGUUCGAGAGCUUCGAGCUGGAGCCCGACCCGACGCCCCCCACCGGCGUUUUCUGCCGCUACGACAGACUGGAGAUCUGGGAUGGCUUCCCUGGAGUCGGGCCAUACAUCGGGAGGUACUGUGGGCAGAACACACCAGGCAGGAUCAUCUCCUACACGGGCAUCCUGGCACUGACAAUCAACACCGACAGCGCCAUCGCUAAGGAAGGCUUUUCCGCCAACUUCACUGUGAUCGAAAGGACCGUUCCGGAGGACUUUGACUGCAGCGACCCUCUGGGAAUGGAAUCGGGAGAGAUAACAUCGGACCAAAUCAUGGCCUCGUCCCAGUACAACCCCAGCUGGUCCCCAGAACGCUCCAGACUCAACUACUAUGAAAAUGCAUGGACGCCGGCAGAGGACUCAAACAAAGAGUGGAUACAGGUGGACCUUGGGUUCUUGCGGUUCAUCUCGGCCAUUGGCACCCAGGGCGCCGUUUCCCAGGAGACCCAGAAGAUCUACUUUGUCAAGUCCUACAAAGUGGACGUCAGCUCUAAUGGAGAGGACUGGAUCACUUUGAAGGAAGGCUCCAAACAAAAGGUUUUCCAAGGCAACACCAACCCAACAGACGUUACCAAGACGAUGCUGCCCAAACCCACGCUGACGCGCUUCGUCCGGAUCCGUCCCGUUACCUGGGAAACAGGCAUCGCGCUGCGCUUCGAGGUCUAUGGAUGUAAGAUAUCAGAGUACCCAUGCUCGGGCAUGCUGGGCAUGGUAUCAGGCUUGAUCACUGACAACCAGAUCACCGCAUCCUCCCAUACGGACCGGAGCUGGGUACCGGAGAACUCCCGCCUGCUGACCAGCAGGACUGGGUGGACCCUGCUGCCCCAGCCCCAGCCCUAUACCAGCGAAUGGCUGCAGGUGGAUCUCGGUGAGGACAAGCUGGUGAAAGGGCUGAUCAUCCAGGGAGGGAAGCACCGUGAGAACAAGGUCUUCAUGAAGAAGUUCCGCCUCGGCUACAGCAACAAUGGCUCCGAUUGGAGGAUGGUGUUGGACACCAGUGGGAACAAGCCAAAGAUAUUUGAAGGGAAUAGCAACUACGACACUCCUGAGCUGAGGACGGUGGAGCCCCUGCUGACCCGCUUCAUCAGAAUUUACCCAGAAAGGGCCACUCCUGCUGGCAUGGGCCUGCGACUUGAGCUCCUUGGCUGCGAGAUUGAAGCUCCUACACUCCCGCCUUCCACGCAAGUCCCGAGCACAACUCCGUCGGACGAGUGUGACGACGACCAGGCGAGCUGCCACAGCGGCACAGGUGAUGACUACGACGUGACAGCAGGGGGUACCACGAUGCCAGAGACCACUACUGCUGAAGUGGAUACUAUUCCAGCUUUCCUGUGGUUCGCCUGCGACUUCGGCUGGGCCAAUGACCCGUCCUUCUGCAGCUGGACGUCAGAAGACACUGGUUCAAGGUGGCAGAUCCAGUCCAGCGGCACCCCCACCCUCAACACUGGACCUAACAUGGACCACACAGGUGGAUCAGGGAACUUCAUCUACACCUUGGCGACAAGUCCCCAAGAGACCGAGGUGGCUCGGCUGGUCAGCCCAGUGGUCAGCUCCCCGGACUCCGACCUGUGUGUGUCCUUUUGGUACCACAUGUUCGGGCCGCACAUCGGCACGCUGCAUAUCAAACAGCGCAAGCAGACUGUUGAGGGACCGGCUGACAUCCUGCUGUGGACGGUCAGCGGUCACCAGGGCAACCGCUGGAGGGAAGGUCGUGUCCUUGUGCCCCGCAACAACAAACCCUAUCAGGUUGUGAUCGAAAGUCUGGUGGAGAGAAAGAGCUGGGGAGACAUUGCUGUGGAUGACAUUAAGGUUCUCAAUGGACUCAGCAUGACGGACUGUAAAGAUCCUGACGUUCCCACUGAGCCGAUGCUACCAGAGGACCGCUUCAACGAAAUCCUUGAAGAGAUCACUGAAUACCCCGACUUUGUGGAGACCAACCAGAUCAGCGGAGCGGGCAACAUGCUGAAGACGCUCGACCCCAUCCUCAUCACCAUCAUCGCCAUGUCCGCCCUGGGGGUCUUCCUGGGUGCCAUCUGCGGCGUGGUCCUGUACUGCGCGUGCUCGCACGGAGGCAUGUCGGACAGGAACUUAUCAGCCCUGGAGAACUAUAACUUUGAACUUGUGGACGGUGUCAAGCUAAAGAAGGACAAACUCAAUGUACAGAGCUCAUACUCAGAGGCGUGAGAUGGGACUGGGUGCAUUUGCGUGACUGUAUGACGUGCAUAGCUCGCAGAGCGUGCACAAGACUGGCUGUAGGCAUAUCCUCUCGUAUAUCCACGAGUGGGCCGGCUCAAAGGACUGCCGACACCCUCAACUCGCUGGAUGAGGGACAGGUUCAGGAACCAAUGGGAGGUUCAGACUGAUCCACGCUUUUCUCAGGAGCUGCAGUAAAAAAGAACCUACCAGUAGGGGACACUGUGUACAGAUAAAAUACAGAAAAAUUAUGUACAGAUGAUUUAGAUGAUAUUUUAAUUUUCUAUUUUGAUUUUCAUUAAUUUUUACAAUCGGAUGCUGGUGUUGAGACCAAUUUAUUAAUAAUGUUUAAAGUAUUUAUCGUUUUCUGGGAAAGAAAUGUUUGUUUGUUCUAUUAUCAGUUCAUGAAGGCUGUUGUUUUCUUUCAAGUUUUGAAAGAGACGUAUCAAAAUCCUAAAUGAACCAUAUCCGGCAAAACUGUAGAUUUGCCCUAGCUUACAGGGUGUGAUCAUAAUCCAUGACCCUGAAACAUGCACCCUUUUCCCAUUGACCUCUAUCACUCUAAUGUGAGGGUCCCACUCAUGGCAAUGUAUGGUUCUGACAGUGCCUUUAGUACAUUUCGGUUCGGCCUCCUCUGUUGAUCUGGGUGUUUUUUACUGUACUAGGCCUAAGUUAUGAUCACAGGAAACACGGGCACAUUAUUUUAUAAAUACCUUCAGAACAGGAUAACAGUCUAUCACAGCGCUUUUUUUGUUGUUGUUGUUGUUGUUGUUGUUCUCUGUCCAAAAACCACACACUGUAAAUAAGUUUUAAUAUAUUUUAUUGCCCUUUUUAAAGAAAGUAAAAAGGAAAAAAAAAAGGCUGCAGUAUCCCUUUUUUCAUGGGUUUGCUUGUGUGUAAAUACAAUCUUCUGACUGUUUUGUGGAAGGUGCAGUGUUAUGUUUUUUGUUUUUAUUUUUAGAAUAAUUUGCUCAGACGAGUAAGAUUUGUGUGGUUUUACAACAAUUUUCAAUGUGCAUUCAAGCAAUCUGUCAUCAAAAACACCCACUUCACAAAAAUACCGCAGAAAGACGAAUGAAUCAAAAGGUUGAAAAAAAACAAAAAAACACAGCUGACAUGAUGAACUCUUAUCGACUGAUCUCUCAGAACAUUUUCACAUCAAACAAGCUCAUGUCGACGGCAGAGGAGGUGAUGAAAUAUAUUAAAUGUCUGCCAGCAUACCAAAAAAACAAGAAAAACCAACAACAAUCAUCAUGGCUUUGCUUUAGCUCAGACCUAGACUAGCUCUUCACCUCCAAACGUCACUGUGGAUUGUUCACUGAAGAAGUGCCAUCCGGACAAUGCAGCUUGAAUGCACUUUGUCACUGAUCCCCUCGUGAUAGGAGCCUAGAAUAAGAGGGGUUAAACACACUAACUGAAGAAUGGUGCUAUCAUUACUUUAGCCAGACAUGUUGUCUCACGAUGAACCCAGUUUGUAACUGUUCACAUGCUGUAUUGUAGCUUAAAGGCCCAUCGGACCACGGAGGUUUUUUUUACGUGUUCCACGUGUAGCAGCCAUAACGUUGUGAUGUCAUUCGGGCGGGACACUGGUACAGCAGGGGGAUUGAGUGGCGUCAGCUGAAUCAGGUCACCUGGCCUCCCCUUCAGGGCUUUACCAAAGGACGGUGGCCCCCUUCUGGUUCACUGGGGGUUCUCACUUACAAAAUACUACAAAACCACGGUUCCCUUCAUCGUCGCUCACACAAGAACUGACUACUCCAUUGCUCUGUCAGAGCCUCUGGAGAGGAAAUCAAGAGGGGGAACGAUAGGACUCUUGGAGAGAAAAGCAGUUUUUUUUAUUAUCUCUUUUUAAGCUCAAAACAAACACAAUGUCACCUCGAAGUGAACUCUUCAGAUCUCUAUUGAGACUCUUGUUUGCGGAUGGAUGGAUGGAUGUAUGGGACAAUCCCAUUGCUACACACUACAAGGGGAAGGGACUCUGUGUGAACUCCCCGUGAGAAUGACAGUAUCAGGAUACAAGGGCCCACGGGAACGCAACUCUGUGGUUCUUACCCGCCACAAUAAAACAAUCAAAAACUUGAUUCCUGAAAAGAGGGUGAUGUCUUUUCCAUCCGUGUGCUCUGUAUGUCGUGCCGUGGUGAACACAUUCUCAGCUUGUUUGUUUCAGAUUUGACCUCUCACCUCUCCGUUUGCGCUCGCGGCCACGGAGGACUGUAGCUCCAGCGACGUCUGCUGAACUAGAGAAAAAGGAUACUGUAGCGUGGACUCAAAACAAACAAUGUUGCACUGAUAAAUAUAUUUAAGAGGAUUAUGUGUUUAUAGCGUUCAUUUGCAAAAAAAAAACAGAAGUCAAAAACACAAAAAAUGUGUUCAUUUAUUUCAUCUUUUUUAUAUAUAUAAAUAUAUAGUUUCAGAUUAUGUGAUGUAAUUCUGAAAUGUACAAAUAUUGAGAUGUUUUCAUUAUUGAAAAAGGCAUAAAAGAUUUUCCAACAGUUAUGUCCCUCCCCUCCAUUUACAUGGCAUAUUAACGCUUCGUUUUGUACUGUCAUUCAAAUUUUGUGCAGAUUCUUUUUU